CCAUGGACAAGUAGCUGUGGGCGUCUCUUACUGAUCGUCUCCAUUUCAGUUGGGAUCGUUUGAUCUCGGAAAUACCGGCAGCUCCAGCACCAGCUGUUUCCACUGCGUUGACACACAACAAUGGCUCCCCCCGAGGUAUUUGACUGUGAUCCUUGCAACUUUGUUCUUACUGAUGAAAUGGUGGAAUCAUACAAUGAGCGAGGCUACAUACACAUUAAGGGUUUUUUGGAGGAAGAGGAAUUGGCUCAGCUAAGGAAGACAGUUGAAGAAAGUGAUGAGUUUUAUAAGCAGUGCUAUGGGGUUUCAGAUGGAAAGGGUUCAGAGAGUCGCUUGUGUUUAUGGAGUCAUCCAGGAAAUGAUGUGACAGGGAUGAUCGUUCGGUGUGAAAAAGUUGUUAACACUGUUGAAAAGCUUCUUGGUGGUGAGGUGUACCAUUAUCACACCAAACUAAUGACAAAAGAGCCAAAGAUUGGAGGUCAGCACAUAUGGCAUCAAGAUUAUGGGUACUGGUACAAAAAUGGCUGCCUUUUCCCUGAUAUGCUCAGUCUCUUCCUUCCCAUUGACCCAUGUCGGAAGAUCAAUGGAUGUCUUGAGGUUUUAGAAGGCUCACACAAGUGCGGUCGCAUCGAUCAUAACCUGACGGCAGGCCAGCAGGGCUGUGAUCUAGAACGACUGGAGCAGAUCCGGAAAGUCUGUCCUCAUAAGUAUGUGGAAAUGGACCCAGGUGAUGUUCUUUUCUUUCAUUGCAACUUGCUCCACUGUAGUGGCAACAACCGCUCGGACACCAAACGUUGGGUGCUAAUACCUGCCUACAAUAAGGCCAGCAAUGACCCUGUCUACAAACACCAUCACCCCAACUACACCAAACUAUACAAAGUGCCUGAUUCUGCUAUUCGUGAAUGUCGCAACUAUACGGAUCUGACUGGCAAGGAGUUUAUGGACCCUACCACAGACAAAACAACCGACGUCAAAGCAAAAUAGUUGCCUUUAAAAACAAAAAAUAUCUGCAUGUGAUGUGGGAGAAUGUUUUUAUUUCCAUAAUAUUGUUUUGUAAUUUGAAAGUUAUGGUCUAUUUUUUUAAACAAAUAAUCUAAAAUAUACUACUUUUUCCUGCCUUUCUGAAUAUGGCGGACCCUUCUUGAAAAUAACUGAGCAUUCGAGAUAUGCAUUAUAUUUUAAAUGCAGUUUACUGUUCAAUUUUUAAGAUAUACUUCUAUUACAAUUUGAGCUCUUAGUAUUGACUCAAAGAAUAUUCCUAGAAUAGAAACAGGUACAAGACUAGUGUAGCA